CAGGUGUGAUCCUCAUACCUUACGGAAACUGGAAGAGUGUUCCAUGUGCAGAUUACAGAUGCAGUAACUCUGAACACUGCAGAACGGGCUCAUCACCAGGUACUCAGAGGGAACAUCAUGAAGACACUCCUGGAAAACCUUGGUUUGGCCGAAUACUAUGAUAAAAAGCUCACUCUCCACACUGUUCUGCAGAUUAGCAAGAACAGUAUUACAGAUGUGCCAAUCCAGUCCCCUUCAGAUCUGCCAUGGUCCUUCUUAAAGAGACUGAUGAUGCUACAAAGGACAGCAAGGAAUGUUAAGUGUACCUCAUCAGACGGGGCAGAAGAUUCAGAAGAAGAGUGGGAUGAUGAACAGGAUAGCGCUGAAUCAAACUGUUCCCUGUCAGUAAAUCCUUUAGACAUUUUGACUGCUGUAUUUCUUUGUUCUGACAGUUUUCUUCAGCAGGAAAUGACAGUGAAAAUGUCCAUGUGCCAGUUUGCUGUCCCUCUGCUGCUUCCAAACAGGGAUAAAAAUCAAAUCACUCUUAUGCUUUGGGCAAUGAGAGAUAUUGUGAAAAAAUACAGACCACACUCCUUAUCAGAUUCAAGUAGAUUUGUGGAGGAAAGGAUUGCUCUGUCAAACCUACCAUUAGUGUCUUUUGUGAGACUUGGUAGGUGCAACAUAUCCAAAUCAGAAAUUCUGAAUAAGUUGCUCAGCAAUCCACAACAGUACACUGAUACCUUUGUGCACUUCAACAUGGAUUGUGGAAACAUCAACAAGAAAAUAUCAGAUGGCUUGGUUGAGAUGGCCUGGUAUCUUCCAUGUGGAAACAAGAACAUUGAUGUCUUUCCUGAACCUGUAGCGGUUGCAAACUUGAGAGGUGACAUUCGGGACUUUGAAACACAGUACGCUUUCCUUUGUAAGGCUUCAGCUGCUGUGUUCGUGUUCUUUGAAUCUCAACUUUUAGAAUCAGAGUUCAUUUCAAUCCAGAGUCAGAAAUCUACACCUCAGUUAUUUUUUGUGGGGAACACUAACAAUGAGAGCAUAAAAGCUACAGUCAGGAAGCUCAAUCUAAAGAAAGGCAAUUUCAUCUUUAAAGCUAAGCAAAAUGAUGCAGAAUUUGUUGACAAAAUUCGAAGCAAGUUGCAAGAUGCAACUGAGAACAACAAUCACAAAAUGUCAGUUGUUCGUUUAGCUGAGAUUGCACGGAAUCUAGGAAUCUUUGUGGAUGAGGAUGCUGAAGUAUGUCAGCGUGCCAAAGCAAGUGCAGAUGGAAUUACAUCAAAUAUUAAUGAUAUAGUUCAGUUCAAAACGAAAGAGCUGCCAUUGCAAGGAGAAAUCCUGAUGAAACUGGCCAAGUUAGAGAAGGAGGAAUGCCGACUGAAGGAAGUAGGGGAUACAAAAAUUGAAGACUACAAGAAUCGUCUUCAGGCACAGCAAAAGGAACUCAGAAAAGAGCAAUACAGAAUAAACAUGUCAGCUACUAUGAGCUGCUUUAUCAAUGCUUUAUCAAAAUCAACACUAGAAAGGGCCUACUUCUUAAAAUGGUUGAGAAUCAAUUUGGAGAAUCGCUCACAUGCAGUACUGCCUCAACUCAGGGAACUAUACAAACAGAAAUGUGCAGAUGUUUGUGGGAACAAGAAGGAAAUUGCUGAGCUUGAUAAAAAGAUUUCCAACAGUUCUUUGGGAGUGGAGCACUUCAUUCGAGAGAUGAGCCAGCUUUACGAGGCUGCAGCCUCGCUCUCCGAAGAAGAUGCACUUUACCGAAAACAACUGGAACAUUUACCUAGACUCUGUGCUCAUCUACUGCUGGAGGGAUAUUCACUUGAACUUGUGGAUGGAGAUUCUUCAAAUAUUCCUGUAAAGUGGCUUUCUAGUGUGUUUUCUGAAUUAAACACACUAGUGAAAGCAAAAAACAAGAUUAUGGUUGUCACUGUUUUGGGCGUCCAGAGUUCAGGAAAGUCAACAUUGCUGAACACUAUGUUUGGAGUUCAGUUUGCAGUAAGCAGUGGAAGGUGCACCAGGGGAGCCUUUAUGCAGCUUAUCAAAGUAACAGAAGAGUGUAACGCAGAACUCAACAGUGAUUAUAUAAUCAUAAUUGACACUGAGGGACUAAAAUCCCCUGAGCUUGCUCAACUGGACAACAGCCAUGAACAUGACAAUGAGUUGGCAACCAUUGUUGUUGGACUGAGUGAUGUAACAAUUGUCAACAUCGCUAUGGAAAACUCCACAGAGAUGAAAGACAUUUUACAGAUCAUUGUUCAUGCCUUCCUCAGGAUGAAGGAAAUAGGUAAGAAACACACGUGUUUGUUUGUACACCAGAAUGUUGCUGAUGUCUCAGCUCAUGAUUCAAACAUGAGAGACCGUAAAUUUCUGUUGGAACAACUGGAUGAAAUGACACAAGCUGCAGCCAAAAUGGAGAACAAAUUGGAGUUCAAGAAAUUUACAGAUGUGAUGAACUAUGACACUAAGACAGGUGACUACUACAUCCCUGGAUUGUGGCAUGGAACCCCCCCAAUGGCACCAGUAAGUGUUGGCUAUAGUGAGUCUGUGUAUACUCUCAGAAAACACAUAAUGGAGGUCUUCAGAUGUUACAAGCCCAGCAACAUCAGUGCAUUUCUUAAAUGGACCAAAGACUUGUGGACUGCUGUGAAAUUUGAGAAAUUCAUCUUUAGCUUCAGAAAUAGCCUGGUGGCUGAUGCAUACAUCAAACUGUGCACAGAGUACAACAAAUGGGAGUGGACACUGAGAAAGCAAAUGCACACUUCGGCAUCAAAAGCUAAAACGAAGAUCUUGAACUAUGGAAAAUUUGAAAACUCAGAGAAGGGUACCAUUGAAGACUUCCACUGUAAUUUACUAAAAAAAGCAAAUGAUGAGCUUUCAAAAGGAGAAGAUGAAAUUAUUAACAAGAUCAAAUCAUACUACAAACAAGGAGAAGGUCAUGUUGAACUUGUGGAAAGUUAUCGACAAGACUUUAUAAAUUCUGCCAAGUCUUUGAAGACAGAGCUUUUGAAUUCCAUCACUAGAAAACUGGAUGAUGCUGUUUCACGUCGAAAUGGAAUGAUCAAGGUGGAAGGAAUCAAAAAGACAUACAUGGAUACGAUGGAGAAAAAAGUGCUAAACUUGCUGAAAGACUGUCGUGAGAAAAAAACAAACAUGUCAGACUCCAUGCUAGAUAAAGCAUUUGAAAAUAUGUGGCAGGAGACUGUCAGGACGUUGUCAGACACAGGGUUUCAAUCACAAGAUAUCAAGACAAAGGUUUUUUAUCAUUUGACGAAAAAUCUUAAAUCUAGAGGAAGUUUUAUGGCUCAAAGCUUAGACGAAGUGAAGGAUUUAAGCAAUCAGGGCAAUGGACCUUUCGUUGCACACAAAGACAAAAAUGUUGUAUCCAAGUGGUUUUAUCAAAAUCACAUCAAGAUCGUUCAAGAGAUGUCAGACAACCUUAUCAUGGACUGUUGGGAAUCUGUAAGAGCAAAGGGGAAAAGUAAGGAUGAUUAUGAUGACACAUACAUCAGGGAAAUUCUUAACAUGAUUGAUGAGAAACUUAAGGCUCAUGAAAAUCUUAAGCUGAAGGAAGACUUUGAACUGUCCCUUAAACUGCACAUAUGUGGAUUUGCAAGCAGAGAAUUUCAAAAGAUCCACGAUCAAUUCAUCCUGGACAAUAACCCACGCACCACCCUGGAGGAGGACAAAAAAAUCUACCACCGUAAAUUCGUAGACCUUUACCGUGAACGAGACCAAUGUCAGAAUACAGCUGAUGAAUUCAUGAGAAGAUGCCUAGAACCUGCCUUUGAACGAUAUAUUUCUGAGAACUUGGGCAUGGAAAUGGCAGACAAGAUGGUGACUGGAGAAAACUCAGCAAUAUUUGGAACAAGGACAACAUUUCAGAUUUCAAUCUUAAAAAAACUUCUUGUUGAAUCUAAAUUUGAAACAUAUUUGCACUUCAUUAAGUCAUAUGAAAGGUCUGUUAAAGCCUUUAUUUCUGACAAAGUGAAAACGCACUUUUUAGGAGAGAACAGAAUUGUCAAAUUAGAGGAAGACCUUGUCAAUAGAGUCAUCAGUGAAGUUACCCAGGCAAUCGAAGAGGCAGAACAAGACCCAAAUAUAAAUGACGUCCAGGGAUUCAUCCAAGACAUAUGCAGGAAACUUCAAAAAAGGCUUGUUAUUCCCAAGGAUGCAGUGGACAAAAUCAGCACACUAAACGAUGCAAAUCCAAAAAAAAUUGCUGAAUGCCUUCAAUGUUCUGUGAAGGACAUGCAUAAAUCACUGAAAAGAUCUUGUUUAGAAACUCCCUUUCUAAUCAAAAUAGAUCGUCUUCAAAUCAAACCACAGGAUGAGCUGUUCAGACGGGUGCAUGGCUGUGAAAAACAGUGUCCAUUCUGUGAAGCACCAUGUGAAGCUGGAGGACAAACCCACACUAAACACUUUGUCUCAAUCCACAGACCACAAGGUCUCGGCCGCUACAGACUUGAUGAUUCUAAAAAACUAGUGACAGACAUCUGUACAUCAUCGGUGCACAGUGACCAAAGAUUUAAAUGUGCUGAUACCAAUGAUCAAUGGCAUCCAUAUAAGGAAUACAGCAAAAUCUAUCCAGACUGGCGAAUUGAUCCAGACUGCAGCACAGAGGCCUCAGCAUACUGGAAAUAUGUGAUGGCACAAUUCAAUGAUAAAUUCGCAAAGGAGUACAAUGCAAAGCCUGCAGACAUACCCUCAUCCUGGUGUAAAAUCAGUAAGGUCGAUGCAGAGAAAAGCCUAGUGUAAACAUAAUACUUGAACCCCGUUUAAAUUAGUUUAAUACAUAAUGGUAAGAAACCAUUAAACUGACAUCUUUUUUUUUCUUCUUUUUUUUUCAAAGAUCUGUUUAUGGGCUUUUUAUGCCUUUUAUUUAGACAGGACAGUGUGUAGUUGACAGGAAAGCAUUGGGUGAAGAGAGGGGAGCGGGAUUGGCAAAGGACCACGAGCCAGGAUUCGAACUCGGGUUGCCGUGAGCGCAGUUGCGCUGUAUGUCGGCCGACUAAACUGACAUCUUAAUAUGUAGUUAUCCAGAGGGAGAGAGAGACAGAGAGAAAUUAAAUCUAACAUAGAAGAACAAGAACUCGCUUUGGUUCAAUAAUGAUUUUAACUACUAUUAUGGUUAAUGCAUGAAAUAGAGAACAGUUUACUGUUGAUGAAACAUUAUUUCAUUCAUGGGUAAAAAAAUUUUUCUUUUGACAUGUCUUAGAGGCCUAAAUGUUAUUGAAAAAGUUAUUUUGUAAUUCGUUUUUAGAUGCUCUAAAUAUUACUCUCUGAUUCUUAUGUGUAGAUUCAUGUCCACACGUACACAGGUAUUUUUAUAAACCGAGCUUUUCCUUCUUCAGUUUUCAAAAAAAUCUCCAUCCACAUGAAAACAAACGCAUGCCAUGAAGCACUGUCAAGAGCAUACCAAACCAACAGGUGGCGAUAUAAUCUCAACCGUAAAGCCAUGUUGGCCAAUCAGAAGCCUGAAAAAGUUUCCAGUAGGCGGAGACAACAAUGCAUGCGUCACUGUCUACACAAUAACACUGAAACCGGAGUUUUAGAAAAUCUUCACCCUGACAGGAGUUUUCAGAAAUGUUCAGUUUCAGUGACCUGGUGCAGCAUUUGCAUGUGGAUGAACGGCCAAACCGCAUAGAAAAAGCUGCGGUUUUGAAAAUAACAGUGUUCGUGUGGACAGGGCUUUAGUAAUAACUGGUGUUUUCAGCUGUACCACAAAAGCUGUUUGUGUUAUUGACUAAUUGUAAUGAAUUUAAUUUUGUGUAAUGUAACUAUUUAGAGCUGUUGUUCUGCGGCUGUGUCUUAUAUAUAUAUAUAUAUAUAUAUAUAUAUAUAUAUAUAUAUAUAUGGGCAUAUAUAAGGUCACAACACUGCUGAAAUCUGCAACAGGUUAAUUCAUUCUGGAGACUUCAUUUGCCAGUCACAUGCAAACAAUGUUACCUGAAUAAAUUCAGACAGUUUGUGCUUGUGCUGAAAAUCUGAUCACCUGUCUUGCAUCUACAGUUGAACAGGGUCACCACCGUGACUAACGAUAUAAACAUAUAAGAUAUUAAAAAUCACAUAAACAUGUCAAACUUUCACACACAUUUACUGAGUCUUCAACUCAUGAACUUUUUUGAAUUUCUUUUUCUGGUUUAUCCCUCUAAAUACCUUUCUUUUGCAAUAUGUGGGACUGAGUCACCUAAAAUCUGGGCAAUGGUGCGAUUGCUGAGGAAACAAGAAUUGAUGAAUAAGAAAAUAAUGAAAUUACUAAAAGAAAUUAUUGAAUUGCAUGAUUUUACUUUUGAAUUACAAACGUUGGCAAGUGAAUUGGGAACAAUGAAACUCCAGACACCUGUUACAAAAUUAUAAAUGUCAGAUGCUGUAAAAAGAUGCAUCCUAUUUUGAGAUUACAGGUGUAGAUUGCUUUGUGGUUUUGACUGCUUUGUAAAGAACGGUUAAAGACAAGGGGAUGCAUUUUGCAACACGGUUGCAAAAUGGAACUUCUAGUUAACCGUGGUGUAAAGUGUUAUUCACACCUGCGUUGGGGUGUUAGAUUGCGAUUUAGACAUGUAUGCUUAUGCCUCGCUUAUGUUUUGAAAGGUGUUACAAUUAUUUUUAUAGUAGAAGGUAGAAGUAGGUAUGCUUGCCAUCUAGAAAUGUUGCAGUUCUUCCAUUUGAACUUUUGACACUGUCUUGUGUAGCCUCUGUGACAAAGGUCGCGUUUCCUGCCUGCACGGGAGGAGGCAGUCACGGACACUGGCAGAAGAUGGAAGAAUGCUGGGAGGUUUUUGAUGAGAUUAAUGCAAAUGAUAUGCAAGACUAUAUACAGUAAAUGCUUGUAGGAUUUCUUUUAGUGGCCGACGCUUUGUGGUGAAGAAUUUGACUUUUGUUAUUUGCUUAUGAGUUAUUGUUUUUAAUAAAACGAAACCAUUGUAUUGGUGAUUCGUAAAAUU